AUGCCUUCUGCGUUGGUUGCGGUUGCUAACGGCUCAGAAGAGAUCGAGUUCAACGCUACAGUCGAUGUGCUGGCCCGAGGUGGCUGUGAUGUCACAGUAGCUUGUCCUGGACACGACUGCAACGUGAAGCUGAGUAGGGGCGUAUGUGUCAUGGCGGACAUGACUCUCGAGCAGGCCUCUGGCAUGCAGUUCGAUAUGAUCGCUUGCCCCGGUGGUAUGCCUGGUGCUAAGCACCUUGGAAGCGAUGCUUUCCUUUCUAAGAUGCUCAAGAAUCAACACAAGAAGGGGAAGUGGGUAGCUGCCAUAUGUGCCUCUCCGGCUGUUGUCCUCGCGCCUAACGGUAUCUUAGACGACGUUGAGCAGUGCACAUGCUACGACGCGCCCGUGUUCCGCGAUGUCAUCGUGAAGAAGCUCAGUCCCGAGCGCGUAGUUGUCUCGAACAAGGUGAGCAGUCCGCCCAAUUGGCCUCACUUGAGCUGUAUAUCUUUUGUUCAGGUCAUCACUAGCAUCGGACCAGGUUCCGCCAUCGAGUUCGGUCUAGAGUGCGUGGCUCAGCUCCAGGGUCGUGACAAGGCGGUAUCUGUUGCUAAGGCUUUGCUCGUGACUCCGGAUGUUGUUCAGCGUCUACAGGCUGCUGGGAAGAACUAG